UCGUGACCUUCAGGUUACCCCACCUGGAAGUUUCUAGUGAAGCAGACAGCAGCAACGUGCUUUUACCGGCAGGGUAUUCUCUUAUAUCUGAGUGCCACCCAAUUAGGUGAAAAUGAGUGUCAACAAGGAGCAGUUGACUCUUCUUCAGGAGUUUGUUAAAUUAUGCAAAGCUAAACCAGAAAUACUGCACCUCCCAGAACUGUCAUUUUAUAAGCAGUGGAUAGAAAGUAUGGGUGCAAAAGUGCCUGACCCUCCAAAGCCUUCAGAACCAGAACCCAAACCUAAAGCAGAGUCCAAACCAGAACCACCACCACCACAGCCAGAACCAGAACCAGAAAGCCCAGAGAGUGACCUUGAUAUUGACAUGGAGGGAGUGAUAGAAGGGGACACAGAUGCUGCUGCAGAUAUGGGAGAUGCUUCUUUGGAGGUGACUGAUGAAAUGAGUGACCUUGCUGACCAAAAGAAAAUGGAGGCCAUGGAGUUGAUGAAUGAUGGAAAACUGGAGGAGGCUGUGGCACUUUUCACGGAGGCAAUCAAAAACAACCCCCACCUCACCAUGUUGUAUACCAAAAGAGCUUGCUGUUUUGUCCGCAUGCAAAAACCCAAUGCAGCCAUCAGGGAUUGCGACCAUGUGCUUUCUAUGAACCCAGACUCUGCUGCUGCCUUGAAGUGGAGGGGAAAAGCACACAGACUCUUGGGUAACUGGGAGACAGCAUAUCACGACCUGACUGAGUCCUGCAGGAUAGACUUUGCUGAAGAUGCUAAUGAUAUGCUACUGGAAGUCAAACCAAGGGCUUUAAAAAUUCAAGAGCACAAGCGCAAACAAGAACGCAAGAAAGAAGAGAAAGAACUUAAAGAAAGGAAGGAAAGGGUGCGAAAAGCUAAAGAAGAAGCAGAAAGAAGGAAACAGGAGCAGGAGGAACAAAGGCAGCAUGGUGGAGGCUUUCCAGGUGGAUUUCCAGGCGGCUUUCCUGGUGGCAUGCCAGGUGGCUUCCCAGGUGGCAUGCCUGGUGGUAUGCCUGGUGGUAUGCCAGGUGGCAUGCCAGGAGGAAUGCCAGCUGGUAUGCCAGAUUUAUCAACUCUUCUCAGUGACCCAGAGUUAUUGCAGGCUUUCCAGGACCCAGAAGUGGCAACAGCAUUCCAAGAAAUAAGCCAAAACCCUGCAAAUAUCGCCAAGUAUCAAAAUAACCCCAAAGUCCAGAAAAUCAUGGAGAAGUUGGCCUCCAAAGUUGGCGGGGGAAGCACCCCUGGUGGUGGUGCUGGAGGUUUUGGGGCACCACCUAGUGGUGGGUUUGGAGGAGCAGGAGCGCAGACUUUUGGAGGGGGAGAUGUGGAUUAAUAAUAAAUCUGCCCUAUUCACAAAUCAUGUGAAUUGUUAAAAAUAUGUGGACUUCAUAAGGGGAUGAAAGAGGCUAAAGUGGAACUUUCUUUCUAGGACAUCGUGCACUUUUCAUAUGUUUGCUCAUUCAAAGUUGCUUGUGAAUCUUUCAGCAAUUAUUUUUUUAGCUAAUAUGCAAAGGAGGCAUAAAGUUAUUUUAGAUUACAUUGAUGUUUGUAUUUUUCAAUCUAAAGCCUAUUUGCAGGCUGCAAUUGCUAUGUAAAUGUGCAAAAAAUGCUUGAAUAUUCUGUGUUGGCAUUAGUUUUGCUGGUGACAAGAUAAUGAUAAUGUUUAUUAGAAAAUGCAGUGGAAUUAUAACAUAGUACACAUGUACUAGUAAGUAUCUGAUUAUAGGGCAAAUAUGUUAGUGUUUUUCUUGUAAUUUUUGUCUAAUGUUUCAAUUAAAACAUUUAUUGUUAGAAAAAAGGAGAAUAUUGAACUUAUUUCAGGAUUAUUGAAUUUUAUAAGUAAUGAAAGUCACUGUAUAUACUUGUUCAACUUAAGUAAUGUUAAUUAUACAAUGUGUUGUAUUCAGCAAUGUAAAACGAUUGCAAAUCAAAUAAACUGAUUUCAGGAAAAGGUAAAACAACACGAUCGUUUUAUCUUGCCUUUUGGAGAUUGCAUGUUGAUACAAACAUUGUAGUGAAAUAAAUGUAAGCCUUAUAUGAAAGGAGGUUGAGGUGAAAAUGGACUUAACAGCUUUGCCUACAAUAUGUUAUUAGAAAACUUCCGAAUGAUCAGGCACAUUAAAUGGUGGAUAUCUAA